ACUUAGGAUCAUCUGACAACCAUCUCUCAACAAUGGUAUCUGGUACUUUAAUCACCCUUCUCUCUUUAUUGCUUGUCCUGCCCAACAUGGACGCUUCUAAUACAGUACCGGUGGUACAAGGCAGUGCUGACGUCCCCACAAAUGGGACCCAGAAAAGUAUUUUAACCCGCGUAAUUCGAACUCCAAGCAGGAACCCAACCAGGGUUACUCAGAGGCCUUGUCAUGUGCAUGUCUGUGUGCAAACUAAAGUUCAAGGAACAUGUGUCCAGUUUGGGAACAGAAGGAGUGGUGUCCCGGCCUGUUCAGCUGGCCAAUAUUUAGACAUCCAAUCUGAGCAAUGUCAAGGAUCUUAAAAUUCCACAUGGAAAUACAAAGAAGGUAGCAAAACGACAAAAUAUAAUAAACAACCGAGAAAGACGAAGAAAAAAGAAAACAAGAAGAGUCCUCAAAUGAAAACAUAACACACACACACACACACACAACACACUCACAAAGGAGAACAUAUGGAACAUUCAAAUGACUUUUAGUUAGAUAAAUUUAUUUAGACAAAGAAAUGUAGAACUUGUUUUGGUAUAUCAUAUGUACUAGAUAUUCAGAAACGGAAAAAAAAAAAUAAAAAUAAAAAACAGCAAAAAA